AUGGCCCGAGAACCCCAGAAGUCAGCGAGGCCUUUCGCUCCCUCCAAGCGGCACGCUGGCAAUGGGUGGCUCAGAUUCUGGGGAGUGGGGGCACGGCUGGGAGAUGAACAUGGGUCUGCUUCUGUGUAUCGUGUCAGCGCACUGGAGAAGGCAAUUGCAGGGUUCGAGCAGAGGGAAACUGAGGCCGUGGUCAAUCCAACCGUGGGGACUGUCUUUGUUUCUCUUGACGAGGCCUAUGAGUUCUACAACAUUUAUUCCUGGGAAUCUGGAUUCGGAGUCACCUAUGGACCGAGUAGUGUGGAUUCUCAUGGAACCAAAUGCAUACAGCAAUUUGUUUGCGCGUGUGAGGGGAAACCAAGCAAGGACAGCAACUCAUUUCGUCGGUGUGAAUGCACGGCAGCGAUUCUUUUGUUGAGAUCCAGAGACGGCGGAUGGUGUGUGUGCGAACAUCAAGUGGGGCAUAACCAUCCACUUUGUAAGACGUGUGCGCAGAGGUCAUCCUGGGAGUCUCACAGCAGUAUCGACAAGAACACAAGGGACUUGAUUCGCCAACUAAGGGAAAACAAUGUGCCACACAUUGCUGAUAAUGAAGCAAAGGAUCUGCUGUCUGAGGAUCUCAGAAAGACCGUGGAAACCUUCGCUAGGAUCAAAGCAAAGGAUCCAACAUUUGAAUAUUCUGGCUUGCAGGUUGAUAGUAACUGUAGAGUAAGGCCACUACUCUGGACCAGUGGCCAGAGCGUUCAGUACCAAUACUUUGGUGAUGUGAUUAUCUUCGACACAACCUACAGAUCGGACGUGUAUGGAAUGCCGUUCGGCCUUUUUGUUGGAGUCAACAACAACUUCGAGACCAUAGUGCUUGGUGGGGUGCUGAUGAUAAACGAGAAAACGGAGAGCUUCAAAUGGGUGUUGAGUCAGUUCUUCCAAUUAAUGGGUGGGAAACACCCCCAAACUAUACUGACCGACCGCUGCGAGGCAAUUGAGGAAGCUGUGUUGGAGGUACUGCCAUCCACCACACACAGAUGGUUCAAGUGGCAUGUCCUUGGAAGGGCAAAGGAGUACCUCGGUUUUCAUUACACCAAAACUAGUAGCUUCCGGGUGGAGCUCCACAGAAUUCUGACCGACACGCUGACGACUGAUGAGUUUGAGAGAGCAUGGGAGAUGCUGCUAGAGAAGCAUGGAUUGGAGAACCACCCAUUUCUGCAGGAGAUCUAUGAGGUUCGGCAUAAGUGGGUUAAGGCAUACUUCAGUGACACAUUCUGUGCUACACUGACUAGCACACAAAAGAGCGAGAGCGCGAAACACUUACUGAAACAACACGUUCCACGGGAUUGCUCAAUGGAGCUUUUCGUUCAACAGUACGUGGAACCGCGGUGCGAUCAAGAACCGGACUAUGGGUUUGAGGAUAAGCCGACUACUAUGGAUGAGAUUGUUCUGAGAACAAAUCUGCCAAUCGAGAAGCACGCCAGCGAGGUGUACACAAGACCAGUGUACGAACUGUUUGUGCAAGCCAUACGCGAAUCUGAAUCUUACAUGGUGGAGGCAGUCAUCCCCAACUUGAAGUACAUAGCACGGCAUCCCAGCAGUGAAACCAGGGAGAAAUGGUCUAGGGUGGAAUAUGAGGUCAAUGUUAGAGAAGACGGUGAGGCAUUCAUGUGCGUGUGCAAGCAAUUUGAGCACACGGGGAUGCUCUGCUGCCAUGCCGUCAAGGUGAUGAUCCACUUGGGGGUGCGUGAGAUACCAAGGCUACACGUCAUGCCACGCUGGACAACAAAGCCGCUGCAGUGCCAGAUGCACUGCCGCGGUGAACCGCAGGAUGACACGUGCCAGCAAUGCAGGCACUCGGUGCUGCAUGAUAAGCUCUUUGGCCUAGCGCGCCGCGCCUGUAAGGAUGAACGGUAUUAUGAGGUCCUCAUGAGCGGCCUCGACAGAAUGGAGCGAGGCAUGGCCGCGGCAGAGGCAGCACCCCCACCCCGCCGCGCCAAGCCGGCAUCACGGAAGUCAAGGAGGAGGAAGCGUUGA